AUGGACAUAUCUUUCUUUACGUACGGUGAGAGACCAUGUUUGAUAUACCCUAGAGCAUUGGGGACCCUGGAACACCUUUUGACAAGGAAUUUUGCAUGUCCCUCGGGCGAUGUAACUUCACUGAACCUCUGGAGACAACUGAAAAAAGUCAGCGAAGGGAUAAAUUUCAUCCAUAAAUCUCUAGAAACGCAACACCUCGACCUGAAACCCGGCAACAUUUUAAUUUUCGAGAGAGGCGGUAGUUCGGUCAAAAAGAUUGAGAACGGAAGCGGACCAGCAUCGCCACUUUCCACGUCCUCGACUAGAUCCCCGCUUCCCGGUAACUUUAUAAGCGACGCAAUAUUUAUGAUAGGUGAUUUCGGUCAUCGAUCUGUAGUAACUCCUGGUGCAGCCGAGUGGGGCCCUCCAGACGGCCCACAUAAUCGAUUCGAGCUACAAACUAACGAAGCGAAUGAGCUUUACGAUCACUGGAGCUUUGGUGCCAUUUUAUUAGAAGCUGCCGUAUACGAUAGAGCACGAGAGUCUGAUGAAGGAAGCGAUGACAUUGCUGUCAAUACUUUCAGGCACAAGAGAGCGAAUCUUGAUCAGGGGCUUACGCCCGUUAUCAAUACGAAACUCUACGUUCUCGGAGAGAACGGCAAAAACGGUCUAAAGCGCACAGUUUCGGAUCAGAUUGCGAACAUGGAAACACUAGAGGAUUAUAAAUUAGGCGAAAGUGAGAACGGUUAUACGCGAAUGCCUGCGAAGUUUUAUCGUGAUAUCGCUGGAGAUAUUAGCCGGCUUCUGAGCAUUUCUCCAAAGAAAAGGAGGUCUGAAAACGGUAUCAUGUCUAUUGAGCCUUAUGGAUAUUACCGAGAAGCGCUGAGAACAAAUCCCGCCUCUUUUUCGCAUCUGAUUUCGCAGUCCGGGCUUAUUUCACCAAGUUCUGAGCACUUCCGAGCCGAGAAUAACAAUUCCAGCGUCGCUCCACCAAAUGGGGCUGCACGAAGUUUGGAUCUAAACCAGCGUGAGACUUUGUAG